UUUUAUUUUAGGCUCUCCCAAACGGGCCUGGUGAGCGAAGUGGACUACUAUAUAUACUCCACAUUCUUCAUAUUCACUUUUCGACAACCUAGGGUUUCUGCUUGGGCUCAGAGACAGAACCAGUUGCGGCAUGGCACCAAAGAGAGGCGUCAAAGUUGCUGCAGCAGCCAAGAAGAAACCUGAGAAGGUUUCGAAUCCUUUAUUUGAGAAGCGGCCGAAGCAGUUUGGUAUUGGAGGGGCUUUGCCUCCCAAGAGAGAUCUGCAUCGUUUUGUUAAAUGGCCGAAGGUUGUUCAAAUCCAAAGGAAGAGAAGGAUCCUGAGGCAAAGGUUGAAGGUUCCCCCGGCACUGAACCAAUUCACCAAGACUUUGGACAAGAAUCUUGCAACCAGCCUUUUCAGGAUGCUUCUCAAGUACAGGCCUGAGGACAAAGCAGCAAAGAAGGAACGUCUCAUAAAAAGAGCUCAGGCCGAGGCUGAAGGGAAAAGCAUUGAGGUUAAGAAGCCUAUUGUAGUCAAAUAUGGCCUCAACCAUGUCACCUACCUCAUCGAACAGAACAAAGCACAAUUGGUUGUCAUUGCCCAUGAUGUAGACCCAAUUGAGUUGGUUGUGUGGCUUCCUGCUUUGUGCAGAAAGAUGGAGAUCCCUUAUUGCAUUGUGAAGGGAAAAGCACGUUUGGGAACGAUUGUCCACAAGAAGACUGCUUCAGUCUUGUGCUUGACCACUGUUAAGAAUGAGGAUAAGCUGGAAUUCAGCAAAAUCCUCGAGGCCAUUAAGGCAAACUUCAACGAUAAGUACGAAGAGUACAGGAAGAAGUGGGGAGGUGGGAUUAUGGGCUCCAAGUCACAGGCCAAAACAAAGGCAAAGGAGAAACUCCUUGCGAAGGAAGCUGCACAGAGGAUGAGCUAGAAGGAUUGUCACUUGCAGGGACAUAUUCUACCAUUUUUGUUGUCUUGUUUUGUUUUCUUAUCCCAAUGGUCUUAUGUAGUCUCUUAAAAACCAACUCUUGUUUUACAUUCCUUGUCUAUGCAGGAAUUUAAGAGCCUUUUGUGUUGAAACAUUUCGAAGAACACAUUACUUAGAUUUCACCUAUUUCCGGUGGCUUUGUGUUUUAAAUGUGUUCAAAAUGCUUUUUUUUUAAUCAAUAAAGGGUAAAUAUAUUGAUCAAAA